AUGGAGGCAGAAAUAGUGGCAAUCCUAAAAGCCCUCAGAUACUGUAAAAUUAAGAAAAUCAACAAAGUGUUGAUUGAGACAGAUUCACUGGGGGUCAUAAAAAUGAUAAGAAAUGAGUGGAAAAUUCCAUGGAAUCAGGAAGAGGAGAUGGAAGAGAUUCAGGAAAUUAUAGAGAACAUACAAGCAGAUAUUACACAUGUUUUUAGAGAAGCUAAUCAGCUAGCAGACAAGUUGGUCAAUGAAGCAUAUACGCACACUGGUCUAAAGCAAUGGGAGAAGUUUCAACAGUUAUCAGGUGAAUGCAAGAGUAUUUUAAAUGCAGAUAAAUCAGGUAAAGAACGAGAACCAGAGGCUGGAAGGACACUUGGAAGAAUGCCCAUUCCUGAUUGGAAGUGGAAUAGGAUUGCAAUGGAGUUUGUGGUGACUUAUAAUGCAGAGAAGUUAGCCAAACUCUAUAUCCAGGAGAUUUUUCUAUUGCAUGGAGUUUCAGUUUCCAUCAUAUCAAAUAGGGGUAUGCAAUUUACUUCUAACAUCUGGAGGACAUUGCAGACUGAGUUAGGUACUAGAUUGGAUCUUAGUACUGCAUUUCAUCCUCUGAUCGAUGGAUAG